GCGCGGCGAUGGCGGCGCCGGGCGCUGAGGAGCUGCGGGCGGGCGGCCUGGGGCCCGCGGGCGGCCCGGGGCUCGGCCCGGGGCUCGGCCCGGGGCUCGGCCCGGGGCUGGGCGCUAUCCCGCCGCACCCGGGCGUCCCGCCGCACCCCGGUGUCUCGCGGCGGCGCGGGCGCACGCUGCUGGUGCGGCACCUGCCCGCCGAGCUGACGGCGGCAGAGAAGGAGGAUCUGCUGCAGCACUUCGGGGCCGUGUCUGUGCGCGUCCUGUCGGACCACGGGCGGCUGAAACAUACUGCUUUUGCCACCUUUCCCAGUGAAAAUGCAGCUGCAAAGGCUUUAUCAAGACUGCAUCAGCUGAAACUUCUAGGUCACACGUUAGUUGUUGAAUUUGCAAAGGAGCAAGAGAGUGCACAGGUACUUAGCCAGCCUUGUGUCUCAGACAAGUGCAAAAGUUUAGAAGAACCAGUGAAAGAAGAAGAGAAGAUAGAACCAAACUGUGUUAAAAUAGAGCAUGGAAUUGCACCCAACCAUGGCCUCACCUUUCCCAUCAAUUCUUGCCUCAAAUAUUUGUAUCCACCACCUUCAAGUGCAAUUCUAGCAAAUAUAGCAAAUGCCUUGGCAAGUGUGCCCAAAUUUUAUGUCCAGGUACUUCAUCUGAUGAAUAAAAUGAAUCUUCCUCCACCUUUUGGACCAAUUACUGCUCGGCCUCCCAUGUACGAAGAGUAUUUACCAGCACCUGUGCCACCUCCCCCAAUCCCACCUCUGCCUCCUGAAGAGCCUCCUUUGCCUGAAGAGGAAGAAGGACUGUCUAGUGGGGAUGAAUCAGAAUAUGAAAGUGAUAAUGAUGAGGAAAAGGAGAGAAUGACCAAGUUGAUGGAAUUAGCAACCCUUCAGCCUAAAAGACCAAUAAACACAAAGAAACGUGGUGUUAGAAAAAAGCAAAGAAUUAAAGACAUGUUGAAUGUUCCAGUGUGUACUUCCCACAGUAACUCGCACCCUACACUGUCACCUUCAGAUGUCUUUGAGCAGCCGCAGCACAUAGGUCAUAAAAAAAUAGAGUUUCAUAUUAGUACUGAGAUCCCAGCUGUUCUUCAGAUAAACUCAGAAAAAGAAGAAAAAAAUGACCUUUAUGCAGCCACAGAAGAAAUCAAUAAUACAGGCUUUGGAAGGAUUUUCCCAGCUCCUAGCUCAAAUGAUAAAAUGGAAACUGAAGAGGAGGAUGAUGAAAUACCAUCAGAAUUUAUUUCUAGAAAGGAUCUAGAAAAACACAGACUUUCUAGAGAAGAAAUGGAAAAAUAUUCUGUUUUCAAAAAUUAUGAGCCAGGUGAUCCAAAUUGCAGGAUAUAUGUGAAGAAUUUAGCUAAACAAGUUCAAGAAAAGGAUCUUAAGUUCAUUUUUGGAAGAUACGUUGACUUCCAGUCAGAGGUGGAACGCAAUAUGUUUGAUAUCCGUUUGAUGAAAGAAGGCCGUAUGAAGGGACAGGCUUUCAUUGGACUUCCCAAUGAGAAAGCAGCUGCUAAAGCACUAAAAGAAGCAAAUGGCUACGUCUUGUUUGAAAAACCCAUGGUGGUUCAAUUUGCCCGUUCAGCUAGACCAAAACAGGAUGCCAAUGAAGGGAAAAGAAAAAAGUAAAACACUGCACAAGAAACAUUCCUGCGUAAAUACUGCAGUAAUACUGUCAUGCAGAGUGUAUCCUUUCUUGUUGUAUCCUUUUUUUGUGCAAUGUUUCCUGUAGCACUCAACUGCAUCUUAAGUUUUCAUAUAGAUUAGGUGUGGGGAGGAGUUAAUGUGUUUUAAGCUUGAGCUAAUCUAAUAAUUUUAAAAAGCAAGUUUUUUCAGGGGGGAAAAAGAAGCUAAUGAGUUGUCCGUGUUGUGUGAAUAGACACAAUGAAGGUUCCUAGUCUGAAAAGGUGCCCUUCACCUUUUUCCUCGGACACCCUGCUAAUUUGUGGUCCUGUUCCUUAGUGGAACAGUUCUAGCUCAUACCAGCUGAUCUGUGUGAAGCUGUGCUGAGCUCUCACUGACCAAGUUACCUUACUUUUCUUUAAAUACAUGUUAAUAUAAUAAUAUGUUAGCUAAAACACAUUGCAGAGCAGUCUUAAUAUUAAGGGGUUGACCAGUAUUUUAGAACAUUUGAUGAUUACUGUUGUCCUGCUACAUGAGCAAAUCUGGAGUUGAUUUAGUUUAUACAUUCCUUACUUUGUCUUUUUUGAGUAAAGAAGAAAAUAACAAUAUCUUGCAAUUAAGUAUUUGGAGCUGGACUAAUAAUCAACUAUUAAUCACUGCUACCUUUUUGUUGGCUGUUUGGGUUUUGUUAGAUUGCUCUCUGCACUGAGGUAGUGUUGUUGCUAGUGACUUACAUGUUUCCUGUGGGUUUCAUACUACAUUACUGUUUAACUUUCUAUAAUAUUAAGUUAAUACAGCCUGCACUUAUUAAGAUGUAUUUUUCACAGACAUUAAACACUUUUAAAAACACUAAGCAUCUUUCAAUUUAGUUGUCAAAAGCCAAUAUAACACUGCUGGUUUUUGGUAGUUCUUACUUUUAACAUGCCUUUGUGAUGUUCCAGGUCCCUUUUGUGUUCCAUCUCUUUCAAGUAUUACCAAGCUGGGGAAGAAGGAGUGUAAUCAUCAGGACUCUUGAACUGUGCGUAGUAGCGUUUCUAAAGUACUUAAGGCAGAGAAUAAGUUCUCACAUCUUAAAGAUUCUAUAUACCUUUAAAUAUCACAAGAUUUGCAUCAUAAAUGUAUGUUAGAUUGCUUGUGAAAUCUAAUAAAUUAUUUCCCUUCUCUUCA